AUGGCACGUACCAAACAAACUGCUCGCAAAUCUACUGGUGGUAAGGCUCCUCGUAAGCAGUUGGCUACCAAGGCUGCCCGCAAGUCGGCCCCUUCCACCGGUGGUGUCAAGAAGCCUCAUCGUUAUAGACCUGGUACCGUCGCUCUCCGUGAAAUUCGCCGUUACCAAAAAUCCACGGAACUCCUUAUCCGUAAGCUUCCUUUCCAACGUCUCGUUCGUGAAAUUGCUCAGGAUUUCAAAACCGACUUGCGUUUCCAAUCCUCCGCCAUCGGUGCUCUUCAGGAAGCUUCGGAAGCUUACCUUGUCUCCCUCUUUGAAGAUACCAACUUGGCUGCCAUCCACGCCAAGCGUGUCACCAUUCAACCCAAGGAUAUCCAGUUGGCUCGUCGCCUCCGUGGUGAACGCUCUUAA